CACAGCCAGUCCUCACGCUUCUCCAAACUUUACGCACGGAUGUCCUCCGGUGGAAGCGGCGCAAACCCGAUUUUGAUGAGUUUCAGCCGAGCUGCGGUGUUCCAAAGAACUUUUCUCUUUACCUGGAGCCGUCCCAGACUCGUUUAAAUAGCUUUUGCAUGUCAUUUUUUAAAAACUUUUAUUCAAUUUCUAUGUGAUAAGCUUUCAUUCCGGUGGACAAAUGCUGUAAACUUUGGAGGAAUAAAAAAAUGUCCGGUGCCUUUUUGAAGUGCUUAGUCUUGGCGCUCCUUGUCAGCGUGCACAGACUCUUGGCAGAUUCCUUGGUGCACCCCCGGUUUGAGGACGUAGAUGAACCCAGUGACAGCGCCUCAACGCUGGCCUUUGUCUUCGACGUUACCGGCUCAAUGUACGACGAUCUGAAACAGGUGAUUGAAGGGGCCUCACGGAUCCUGGAGAAGACCCUUAGCCGGAGGACCAGACCCAUCAAAAACUUUGUCCUGGUCCCUUUCCACGACCCAGAUAUUGGCCCUGUGUCCAUCACCACUGACCCAAAGAAGUUCCAGCAGGAUCUGCAAGAGUUAUUUGUCCAGGGCGGGGGCGACUGCCCUGAGAUGAGUAUAGGAGCAAUAAAGAAGGCCUUGGAGGUUUCGCUGCCUGGAUCCUUCAUCUACGUCUUCACUGAUGCCCGGGCCAAAGACUACCGGCUGAAAAGAGACGUUCUGCGGCUAGUGCAGCUCCGUCAGUCACAGGUUGUAUUUGUGUUGACCGGAGAUUGCGGAGACCGCUCCCAGCCCGGUUACAGGGCGUACGAGGAGAUCGCCGCCACCUCCUCAGGACAAAUCUUCCACCUGGACAAGCAGCAGGUGAACGAGGUUUUAAAGUGGGUAGAAGAGACGGUUCAAGCCAUGAAGGUCCACCUGCUGUCCUCCAACCACGACAGCGCCCAGGAAAACAAGUGGGAGCUGCCCUUUGACCCCAGCCUCAGGGAGGUCACCGUCUCACUCAGCGGACCGGCGCCACAAAUCGAGCUCAGCGACCCCUUUGGUCGGGUAGUUGGUGCUGAGCAGGGCCUUAAGGAACUGUUGAAUAUUCCCAACUCCGCUCGUGUCAUCAACGUGAAGUUUCCCAGACCUGGAUCCUGGAAACUCAAGGUGAGCUGCAGUGGGCGACACACUCUGAGGGUUACAGGGGUCAGCAGUCUAGACUUUCGGGCUGGCUUUUCCACAUCACCUGUUUCAGAGUUCAACCACACCAGAGAGAGGCCAAUUAAAGGACUUCCGUCCAAUGUCAUGCUAAAAUGUACCGGCCUGAAGCCUCCGGGUUACCUGAGCCAGGUGGAGCUCAUGUCAGCCUCGGGACGCUCCUUACGCACGAUCCCCGUACCUCUGCCCACCGACCUGGGCCAACAAGGCCUGUGGACUCUCCCGGAGUUCCGGACCCCACCGCAGAGCUUCUUCAUCAAGGUAACAGGCAAUGAUGAGACGGGCUUCCGCUUCCAGAGACUAUCCAGUGUUUCCUACACCAACGUCAUUCCAGAUCCCCCAGCAGUGAGAAUGGCCAAUGAGGUGAAGGGCUUUUACAUGCAGCCUGCUGCCAUCGGUUGCUCAGUGCAGAGUGACAUUCCCUACAGGCUGAGAUUCACCAGGAGUGGGAUCCUUCUGGGAGAGGAGAAGCAUUUUCAGAAUUCUGCUGUAGCAUCUUGGGAGAUUUCGCAUGCAUCCGGUGAGGAUGAAGGCACGUACGAGUGCGUAGCACAGAGCAGCGCUGGACAAGGACGGGCUUUAACGCAGCUCACUGUUCAAGAGCCCCCCCCGGUCUUGAAGCCCGCGGUGAACGUGACCUCCGCCGUGGGAGGCGUGGCCGUGCUGUCUUGUCAGGUGGACGGCAACGUGCGUCACAACCUGACAUGGCGUCGAGCUGGCCGCGCGAUCCCUGCCCGGGCAGGGAGGGCGAGGCUGCUGGCCGACUCGUCGCUGGAGAUCAGCGGAGUUGGCGUUCAGGAUGCCGGCGCGUAUCAGUGCGAGGCCACCAACGCCCACGGAGACAGCAGGAUCACAGUGUGGCUUCUUGUCCCAGAGGCUCCUUCUGUAGAAGUUCAACCCCAGACCCAAACGUUCUCCCGAGGGGAUGAGAUCCGCUUCGUCUGCUCGGCGUCCGGCUCGCCCCCUCCUCAGAUCUUCUGGAGCCAUGGAAAGGCGGUCCUAGCUAAUCACCCGAGGUUCAGUGUAAGCAAGGACGGAGUUUUGAGUAUUCGGGCAGCCCUGCCCGAGGAUGCUGGGGACUACAUUUGUCUGGCAACCAACGAGGCCGGGAGUGCCUCCCAGACUGCGUCACUAACGUAUGCAGAGGUGCCAAGGAUCACAGUUACACAGCAGGUUGUUCUAGUAUCUGCUGGUAGUGAUGCGACAUUGGAGUGCCAAGCCACAGGCAUCCCUCCACCCCUCGUCCACUGGUUCAAAGGUGAGCUCGAGGUGGGCUCCGCUCCUUUUGUAGAGCAGGAUGUGCACCGCGGGACAUUGCAAAUUCGUGGCGUGCAGGAAGUUGACGCCGGUCAAUAUAACUGUGUGGCCAGCAGCUCUGCUGGAACCUCCACUGGGGCUGUUAUGCUGGAGGUGGGAGCGAGCCCAUUGUUUUCUGAGGCACCGAGCGACGUGAGCGCUAACGUGGGGGGGGACAUCACCCUUCCCUGCGUCGCCCGAGGAUUUCCGCAGCCAACAGUGAGCUGGCACAGGAAAGACGGCAGACAGAUUCUUGCAAGGACAGACAGCGGAAGCAGGACUAAGCAGAUGGAGAACGGCUAUCUUUUAAUUCAGAAUGUGUGGCUGCGUGACGAAGGCAUAUACAUCUGUGAAGCUAAGAACCGGUUUGGAACCAUUAAAGCUGAGGCCAGCGUUAGUGUGACCGGACUGGAGCCUCCUGUUCUAGGUCAAGCUCCACCGAUCAUCACCACGGCCGCUGGCCAGUCCCUCAGCAUCCCUUGCAUAUUGCUGGAUGGAAUACCUCUUCCAGAAAGACACUGGUCCAGUAAUGGAAAACCUGUCCAGGUGACUGGGAGAAUGUUCAUAAGGAGUGAUGGGAGUUUGUACAUAGAAAGAGUCCUGCCAGAUGACACUGGGACUUAUGUCUGCACUGCAGUGAAUAUAGCAGGCUCCACAAACAUUACAAUCAGCUUGGAGGUCCAAGUGCCCCCAGAGAUCAGAGCUGGCCCAUACCAGUACAUAGCCAACGAGGGGGUGGCCAUUACACUGUCAUGUGAGGCCAGCGGCGUUCCCAAACCAGUAGUUGUCUGGUCCAAGGGAAGGCAGCCUCUGUCCAGGGACGGCUCCGCUCUUCAGCCCCAUUCUGACGGACACCUCCACAUCCCCCACCCCGCUUUUGGUGAUGCAGGCAUCUACAUCUGCACUGCCACCAGUCCUGUGGGCUACGCUAGCCGAGAGAUCCAGCUCAGUGUCAAUACUCUUCCAAAGAUAAUGGGCGUGAGCGGCCAUGAUAACAUCGUAAAGAUGGCUGCAGAGGUUGGGACUGAGGUUGUCCUCCCCUGUGAGGCCCAGGGAAGUCCUUCGCCAUUAGUCACGUGGAGCCGAAAUGGGUAUCCCAUCCCCCCCGUCACAGCUGGGUUCACUGUUUUGCCUUCAGGCUCUCUGAGGAUCACUGACGUACGCCUGAUUGAUAGUAAACUAUACACCUGCACUGCAGAAAACCCAGCGGGGAAUGUGUCCCUGAGCUACAGUUUACACAUUCAAGCCAAGCCCAGAAUACAGCCAGCACCAUCCAUCCUGAAAGCCAUGCUUGGCCAAACAGUCGUUCUGCCCUGUGUGGUCCAAGGAGAGCCGCGGCCUGAGAUCAGCUGGUUCCACAAUGGCAAGCCUGUUGGCAACAAGAACUCUACACCUCUAAGGAUCCAUUCGGUUGGCCUCGCUGACCAGGGCACAUACCAGUGUGUUGCCAAAAACAGCGCUGGACAGGAGACAUUAGAUAUUAAGCUGGAAAUACUUGAGGCCCCGUCCUUUGCAGAACCUGGAGAUGCCAUCAUGGAGAAAGUAGUGAACAGUAAAGUCGUCAUUCCCUGUCGUGCUAAAGGCUCACCCCGCCCCAGGGUACGCUGGUUUAAGAAUGGCCUGGAGAUACAUCCGGAACAAUCUGAGUUUUCUGUGGCGAGGGACGGCGCUCUUGUAAUUAGCGCAGCAUCUGCCAGCCACAGCGGUGACUUCAAGUGUGUGGCAACCAAUGAAGCGGGCUCAGUAGAGAGGAAGACCAGGCUAAAGGUUAACGUUCCUCCAGAGAUUCAGGAUGAUGGGCAGCCCCUGAACCUCACCGUCACCUUGAAGCAGCCCCUCACUUUGGGCUGUGAUGCUUUUGGCAUCCCCUCCCCACUAAUAACCUGGACUAAAGAUGGCCACACAGUGGACAACCCUGGCGUGUAUCUGCAGAACGGGAACAGACUGCUGAGAAUCUACAGGGUUCAGCAUGAACAUGCAGGUCAAUUUGCCUGCACAGCUCAAAACUCAGCUGGAGAGGCAAGGAGACAGUACAACAUAAUGGUGCAAGCUCCCCCAGUGAUUUCAGGAACAACCCGACUGCAGGAGCUAACUGUGGUGCAGGGUCAGGAGGUGGAGUUCCAGUGUCGAGUUAGCGGGCGUCCGGCACCAAGAGUGGAAUGGAGCCGAGACGGAGAGGUACUGUCCCCUGAUGGAGACCCUCACGUGGAGUUUCUGGAAGAUGGCCAGGUGCUAAAGGUGAAGGCAGUCAGACUGAGAGACCAGGGCCUUUACCAGUGUCUGGCCAGGAACAACGCAGGAACUCAGAUGCGGAAGUUCAAACUUACAGUGCAAGCUCCUCCCAUCAUCAAAGGCACAAAUGAGACUUCAGAGAUGUCAGUGGUUCUGGGUUUCCCCACAGUCCUCUCCUGUAAUACUGAGGGCUCACCUACUCCCAGCAUCACAUGGCUGAAGGAUAACCAGCCCAUCGUCUCCACCCCUCAGAUGACGUACACCUUGGGUGGGCAGGCUCUGCGCCUGGGCUCAGCACAGGGAGACAGCAGUGGCCUUUACACGUGCAGGGCCACAAAUCCCGCAGGCACAGCCAUAAAGCAUUACUCUCUCAGUGUUCUGGUCCCACCACAGAUAGAAGGAGACUCCUCGUCCUUGACAUUUUCUGGUCAGGAAGAGAAAGUGCGGAUAAAUGGGAGUUUAACUCUGUCCUGCUUGGCCAAAGGCUUCCCUGAACCCAAAGUUCAGUGGUUUAAGGAUGGACAGGUGCUGACCGGAAACUACCAGGCUGGCAUUCAGCAGAGUGGUCACCUCCUCCACAUAGAGAAUGCUAGGCUCGCCCAUGAAGGACAAUACACUUGUGUGGUGUCCAACUCUGCUGGAGAGGAUAAGAGGGACUUUCACAUCUCCAUCCAAGUUCCACCAAUCUUCCAGCGGGUGACGAACCGUGAAGCAGCCUGGGGUUUGGGACACGAAGGGGACAAUGAGGACAGGGUGGAGAAGCAGGACAUUGUCUUGGGUCACUCAGUCAGCCUGUCCUGUGAGAACAAUGCCAUCCCUCCACCAAAGCUGAGCUGGUACAAGGAUGGAAGACAGCUCACGUCUGCAGACGGAGUGAUGCUGCAGCCUGGAGGACAGGUGCUACACAUCCCUCGAGUGCAGCAGGAGGACGGCGGAAGGUACACAUGUCAAGCCGUGAACGAGGCCGGAGAGGAUCACAUGCAUUUUGAGCUGGAGGUCCUCCUUCCUCCUGUUAUUAUGGGAGCAUCACAGGAGUUCAUGGAGGAAAUGGGAGCAGUGGUGAACAGCACUGUGGUUCUACACUGCGACGCAACCGGGCACCCCGCCCCGGCGAUCUCCUGGCUGAGAGACGGGCAGCCGGUGCACACAGACUCCCAGCAUCACAUCAGCAAGGACGGGACACAACUUCAGCUUCUUAGUGUGCAGGUUUCCGACAUGGCUGACUACCUGUGUGUGGCGGAGAAUAAGGUUGGAACAGUUGAGAAGCAUUUCAAUCUGGCAGUUCAAGUGCCUCCUAGAAUAACCGGUCCCAAAGAAGAGGAGGUGAGUGUGAUCGAGGGCCUCAUGAUGUCGUUGCUGUGUGAUGUCCAAGCGUACCCUCCCCCAGAGAUCACCUGGACCAGGGAUGGGCAGGUUCUCCGUUUUAGCACCACGGUUCACAUUCUGCCAGGUGGCCAGAUGUUACAGUUGCCUCGGGCGAGACUGGACGACGCAGGUCAAUAUGUGUGCACGGCCAGCAACUCGGCGGGGCAGGACCAGAAGAGCUUUCUCCUCAGCGUCUACGUCGCGCCCUCCCUGAAACACCCGCAUGAUGCCGAGGAUGACGAUGUCACUCCUCAAGUCGGCUCCUCGGUCAUCUUGCGCUGUGAAGCCCACGGUGUUCCCGAGCCAGAGGUCACGUGGUACAAGAAUGGGCGGCAACUGGCUGCGGGGAACGGGCUGGAUAUAAAUGGACAGCAGCUGGAGAUCGUAGGAGUUCAGACUACAGAUGGUGGCAUGUACACAUGCAAAGUGUCCAAUGUGGCUGGACAGGUGGACAGAACAUUCAGGCUUACAGUUCAUGUUCCACCAGUGCUUGAUGGGCCACAGCGUGAAUCUGUCAACUACACCCUGGGCUCCCAUGUUGCCCUGCUGUGCGAGGCCACCGGAGUGCCUGUCCCCAGCAUCACUUGGCUGAAAGAUGGAUCUCCUAUAGAGAGCAGCCUGCAGUGGCAGUGGUCCGUGCGAGGUAACAGGCUGGAGCUGGGCCCUCUCUCUCUGUCUCAUGCUGGGACGUACACCUGUCUGGUAAAGAACAGCCAAGGUCAAACGCAGAAGGACUACACGCUCACAGUGCUAGUAUCGCCCACCAUCCUGAACUCUGACCAAGCAUCUGACGUGAGUGCACCCAUGGGAGAGGCGCUGACCCUGGACUGCAGAGCUAAUGGAGUCCCCGCACCACGCCUCAGCUGGCUGAAAGACGGCGAGCCGUUGGUGGGGUCGGACACCCAUCACAUCUCGUCGACACCGGGUGGCAGCACACUAACUGUAAGGAAGCUGAGCCCUGAGGAUUCUGGGACAUACACCUGCUUGGCUGUCAACAAUGCUGGCCAGGAGAGCAAAAUCUACACACUUGUUGUUUUAGUCCCACCAUCUAUCGCUGGUGAGACCACAGUCCCCAGAGAGGUGCAGGUGACUCAGGACAGCAUCGUGACCCUGGAGUGUCACGCGGCCGGAAACCCUCCCCCUCAGAUCAGCUGGCUGAAGAACGGGCGUCCACUUCUCCUCUCGCCUCGCACACGCCUCCUCUCUGGUGACUCUUUGCUGAGGAUUGCUCCCGUGCAACAAUCUGACACUGGGGUAUACACAUGUGUGGCGCGGAGUCAAGCCGGCCUUGCUGAGCUCAGCUAUGAUGUGGAAGUCCAAGUGCCCCCUGGUGUUGAUCAUGUUGAACCGGUGGAGCCAGUUACAGUAGUCCAGGGAUCCUUAGUGACUUUAACCUGUGAGGCACACGGGUUUCCCCUUCCCACACUGACCUGGAUGAAGGAUGGACAGCCGCUGUCUUUACACAGAAACCUGCUGCUGGAUGGACAGGAGACGCGGCUUCAGCUGCCUGAUGUGACUCGUUCAGAUGAAGGCCUUUACAGCUGCGUGGCCAGCAACCAGGCAGGGAGCAGCACCAAAAGCUUUAACCUCACUGUGCUUGAGCCUCCAACGAUUUCCGGCUCCAGCUCUCCAGAAGAGCUGACCAUACCAGUGAACAGUCCCCUUGAGCUGGAGUGCUCUGCUGUGGGAGUCCCACCGCCCACCAUCAGCUGGCUGAAGGACGGUCGUCCUUUGGAGGGAGCUGACAUCGUUCAGGAGAACGGACACGUUGUCCGGAUCAGCAAAGUUCAGGUCGAGGAUGAAGGUCUCUACACCUGCUUGGCAAGCAGCCUAGCUGGAGAGGAUGGAAAAGGCCACUGGGUUAGAGUCCAAGUCCCACCGACACUCCUUGGCUCUGGUGACGUGAAGACGGUGACCGUGCCAUUUAAAGGACACCUGACCUUAGAGUGUCUGGCGGACAGUAACCCCCCUCCAGAUAUAGAGUGGUACAAGGAUGACGCCAAGCUGCAGCUUGGGGGUCGUAUCCAGCGGCUGGCGGGAGGUCAGUACCUGGAGAUUCAGGAGGUGAAGCCUGAGGACAGCGGCCAAUACAGCUGUGUAGUUACGAACAUGGCUGGAAGCAAGAGUCUCUUCUUCACAGUGGAGAUUCUCUUACCACCAGUAAUAAAGGAAAGCAGCUCCUUGGUAACAGUUCACAUUGGCCAGGAUGUGGUGUUACCUUGUGAAGUUGAAGGUGACUCCUUGCCUGCGGUAAUAUGGAGGAAAGAUGGCUUCCCUGUGCCUAAGGAUAACAAUAAGUACACAGUGAUGUCUGAGGGCUCCCUGCGUUUACGUGAGGCUCAACUGAAUGAUGCUGGACGCUACUACUGCACAGUGUCCAACCAGGCUGGCUCAGAUCACCGUGCAAUGGAUCUCCGAGUUUUUGUGGGCCCUUCUAUCAGUCCUGGUCCACUCAACGUGACGGUAACCACUGGAAGUAGAGCUGUGCUUAAUUGUGAGACCACUGGUAUACCACCGCCAAAAAUAUCCUGGAAGAGGAAUGGUACUCCACUUGUCAUUAACCAGCAGCCUGGUGCAUAUAGGUUACUGUCAUCUGGGUCUCUUGUUCUUUUGUCACCAUCCAAUGAGGAUGGAGGCUAUUUCGAGUGCACGGCGGUCAACGAUGCCGGAGAGGAGCGCAGGGUGAUCAAAGUCAUCCUCCAAGUCCCACCUUCUAUCGAGGAUGAUCUCACAGCAGUGACAGCUGUGAAAAUGUCCCCUGUGGUGUUGCCUUGUCAUGCUCAAGGACAGCCUCAGCCCACCGUGACCUGGACGAAGGGCGGAGCCAAACUGGGCACCCGGGGAGGAAGUUAUCGUGUUCUUCCUACUGGGGUGCUGGAGAUAACUGCUGCUCUGCCGAGUCAUGCUGGCAGAUACACAUGCUCAGCCCGAAACCCAGCUGGAGUGGCUCACAAGCACAUCUCCCUGACCGUACAAGAACCACCGGAGAUCAGGCCGAUGCCAGAGGAAGUACAGGUACUGUUGAAACAUGGAACUGUUCUUCCUUGUGACGUUCAAGGAUUCCCCAGACCAACAAUCACCUGGCAGAGAGAAGGGGUCCCUAUAGCCGCUGGUCACAGGCUGGCUGUGCUCUCAAAUGGAGCUCUGAAGUUCUCUCGCGUGACUCUUGGAGAUGCUGGGACCUACCAGUGCCUGGCAAAGAACGAGGCCGGGGUAUCUGUAGCUAGAACCAGACUGGUUCUUCUAGUUCCACCUGUGCUGAGUGUGCCUCGAGUUGACUACACUGCUGUCUUAGGCCAGCCAGUCAGUCUGGAGUGUUUGGCUGAUGGUCAGCCUCACCCUGAAGUUACCUGGCAAAAAGACAGGAGGCCUGUGGUUGACGGUACCCAUAUACGUAUCUUUGCCAAUGGAACUCUGGCAAUUAUUUCCACACAGCGGAGCGAUGCAGGAAUCUACACGUGUACAGCUAAAAACCUGGCUGGCAGAACUAGCCUUGAGUUGAGGCUAACUGUUCAAGUUCCACCCAUGAUUCCGCCGGCACAGACAGAGCUGUCAGUCAUUCAGGGGUUUCAGGCUCUACUACCUUGUGCAGCUCAGGGCUUCCCAGAACCCAGAGUGUCAUGGGAGAAGGAUGGUGCUGUUGUCCCAAACCUUCAUGGAAAAUUCACCAUCCUACGAUCCGGAGAGCUGAUUAUCGAGAGGGUGGAGGCGGAAGAUGCUGGUACAUUCACCUGCGUGGCCACAAACCCUGUGGGCUCAGUGAGACGAGACGUCCACCUGUCCAUUAACACCAGGCCUGUCUUUAAAGAGCUGCCAGGUGAUGUAACCCUGAACAAGGGGCAGAGUCUGGCCUUAUACUGCCACGCUCAGGGAACACCUGCUCCCACAGUCUCCUGGACUAUUAACAACAAUCCCUACAAAGGGGCCAUUAUAGAUGAGGCAGGGAGGAGCUCAGUCCUCACUGAGAAUGUGACUUUGAAUGACGCUGGGACCUACGUGUGCUUAGCAGAGAACAGCGUGGGCUCCAUCAGAGCGCUCUCAUUUGUCCGUGUCCGAGAGCCUCCAGUGUUAAAGGGUGAAGCCCACACAUCUCAGACAGUUGUCCAGGGGGGCGCUGCAAUGCUCGACUGUCCAGUUCACGGAGACCCCAGCCCCAUCCUCCGCUGGCUUCGAAACGGGACGCCCUUACACCGCCUCCCCCGAAUGAAAACGUUCCACAACGGGUCUUUGCUCAUUUACAGCAUCACUGCAGCUGAUGAAGGAGAAUAUCAGUGCGUGGCGGAGAGUGAGGCUGGAACAGCUGAGAGGACUAUUACUCUCAAGAUUCAGAUCCAUGGUGGUUACUCCAGCUGGGGGGAGUGGGGUCCAUGCAGCAGUACGUGUGGCCAAGGUUUUCAAGAACGAAUGAGACUGUGCAACAAUCCGGCACCUGCAAACGGUGGCCGCUCCUGCAGCGGUCCGAACACUGACUCAAGGAAAUGCCAGACUGGUUUGUGUCCAGGUGAGGUUCCACGCAAGACUAGAGGCAGUCUGAUAGGGAUGGUGAACGACAGAGAGUUCGGCGUUUCCCUCCUGGAGGCCAACAUUACAGACAACGAGGAACAAGGCACCAGCACUCUGGACGCACGUCUGGACAACAUCCCCCCCACCGUGGGUCCCUUGCUGCAGGUUCUGGUGUCUGUUUUCACUCCCGUCUAUUGGACCACUGUGCUUCAAAGGGGAGCCACCAGAAACGGCUUCUCCUUUACACAGGGCCACUUCAGACAGGAGUCUCAGCUGGAGUUCGAGACCGGCGAGAUCCUCCGUCUGACCCAUGUUGCCAGAGGAUUGGACUCUGAGGGAGUUCUGCUGAUUGACAUCGUAAUCAACGGCUUCGUUCCUCCGUCAUUAUCAUCAUCUCAUCUGGGCCUUCAGGACUUUGAUGAGUCAUACGUGCAGACGAGCCAAGGACAGCUGUACUCAUGGUCAUCGCAGACCCACCAGAGAGGAGGAAGUCCCAUGGUGCUGCGCUGCAAUCACACCAUCGUUUACGAGGGCCAGGAGGAGCGCCAAGGCCCUGUACUUCAGCUGCUCAAGGUUUCCGGAAUAAACAGUGUCUACAAUAUAUUCACUCUCACUUUGGACUUCCAUAUCAAGACCAGCCUCCUCGUACCAGAUGGUUACGAAGAAACGUGCCCAAAGGGCUUCAAUCUUGACACAGCCUCCUACUGUGCUGAUGAAGACGAGUGUGCGCUGCUGUCUCCAUGCUCUCAUUCGUGCAACAACAUCAUGGGAGGAUUUACCUGUGCCUGUCCCACUGGCUUCACUAUCUCCGCAGAGACCAACACGUGCAACGAUAUUGACGAGUGCUCCCAAGGCUCCCACAUGUGCCACUACAACCAGCAGUGUGUCAACACAGUGGGCACGUACCGCUGUCAGGCCAAGUGUGGACCAGGAUUUAAACCCAGCAUCACAGGAACCAGCUGUGAAGAUGUGGAUGAGUGCCGGGAGUCUGUUAUCUCUCCGUGCCACCAUAAGUGCGUCAACACUCUGGGCUCCUACCGUUGUAUCUGUCAUCCUGGGUACCAGCUGUCAGGACAUCGCUGCAUUGACAUCAACGAGUGCAUGAGAAAUGUUUGCCCAGCCCACCAGCAGUGCCGCAACACCGACGGAGGAUAUCAGUGUUUUGACAGUUGCCCGGCAGGAAUGACGACAGCAGAGACCGGAGUCUGUGUAGACAUUGACGAGUGCCAAGAUGGAAGUCACAUGUGUCGCUACAGUCAGAUCUGUCAAAACACAAUCGGAGGCUACGGAUGCGUCUGUCCCAGAGGCUACAGGUCUCAGGGAGUCGGGCUUCCGUGUCUGGACAUCGACGAAUGCUCGCAAACCCCGAAUCCUUGUGCGCACCAGUGCCGUAACGUACCUGGCAGCUUCAGGUGUCUGUGCCCUCCUGGGACCAUGCUGCUGGGGGACGGACGCUCCUGCGCAGGCCUGGAGCGAGGCCAGAUCUUCACCAACGGCACCAGAUUCAGGGCCAGACUCCGCCCACAGCUGGUGUCAUCCCUGGGCAGGCCAAUCAUCUCCCGCUCUAACGGAGCAUCUCGCAUUACCAGGCAGAGCUGUCCUGUGGGCUACACCAGCAAAGACGGUGCAUGUGUGGAUGUGGAUGAGUGUUUGUUGAAGAAGCCGUGCCAGCAUGAAUGCAGAAAUACAAUUGGCAGCUUUCGCUGUCUGUGCCCUCCAGGGUACAAACUCCUGCCCAACGGCAGGAGCUGUAAAGACAUUGACGAGUGCACUGAACAAAGAAUUCAAUGUGGACACAAUCAGAUGUGCUUUAAUACCAGAGGGGGCUACCAGUGUCUGGAUACACCCUGCCCUGCUUCCUACCAAAGUGGGGGACGUCCUGGGACCUGUUUCCGGCCCUGCUCUCUGGACUGCGCCGCAGGAGGCUCUCCUCUGCUCCUGCAGUACAAGCUGCUCACGCUUCCAUCCGGCAUACCGCCCAAUCACAACGUGGUACGCCUGUCAGCGUUUUCAGAGUCGGGCAUCCUACAGGAGCGUACCUCCUUCACCAUACUUGAGCAAGAAUCGGUUACGGGUCUGCUGGGACGAGCGUUUGACAUCAAGGACGAGGCCGGCAGAGGAAUCAUCUUCACUCGGCGGGUUCUGGAUAGACCUGGACUCGUGAGGCUCAGGGUGCAAGCCACCACCAUCUCAGAACAAGGUCGCAUAACGUAUCAAAGCAUCUUCAUCAUCUACAUCUCCAUCUCGCCGUACCCCUACUGAGCCCCCAUGUUGUCCUCCCCAGGGAAAAAAAAAAAAAAAUCAGACCAUGAAUCGCUGAUGUUUAAGUUUUUUGUAAAGUCCCUGCAAGAAAAAAAAAAAGACAUUGCUUUAUUGUCGCCAUCAGAGAAGGCUUGUCAUGUGACUACAGAGCUGUGCAUUCUGUAGUGAAUAUGACUGCUAUAUGCCCUUAAUGGGAAAGAAGUGAGACUUUCAUAUACAUCGGCAAAAUCCGCUGGGAAAUGCUAAAAGGGAGAAUUACAAUCUUACAACCUAGAGGGUUCUUUCCUCUAGAAUUUUCUGCAAUCCAUUGUUUUAGUGUUUGAUUCUCAUGUGGAAUAUCCAAGUUUGGUACAGAGAUAUUUUUAUAGUUCGCACUCCGAAAUACUAGUAAACUAAUCUUUCUACAGCUAUGAAAUUGUUUAAUGUCUCCCCGCCUCCACCCCAUAUUAUUUAUUUAAGCAAUUUGAAACAAUCUCCUUUAAACAAACAUGUGGUUCGAGUUGUCAUAGAUCUACUGGUGUACUGGCACAUUGUUAUCAGUCCUAUGUGGUUUUCUACGCUGUUUUAUUUGAUUUGACCUGUCAGAAGGUGCUAUGUUGAAUGUCACUGAGGUAUUUUGAGUUUGUGUGCAUGGUGCUGGUGUCAGUAAUAAAAAGUCAGUUUUUCAAAAGCUUGAUCAGCGAUUCACAUGCUGCUUGGUGCUUGCAUUAUGAGAUAAGCCACAGGAGAUUAAUACUUUUCCUCACCCACUCCGUUUGAUCUGUUAGAAAGCCGGAGCCAUAAAUUAACAAGACAAUUCACCUGAAAGUAAUGAACUAUGAAGAUUAUUUCUAGACGUUUAUUCUCCAAGUUUAAAACCAAAAAAGCCCCUAUUGCUGUAAUUGUGUCAAAUAUUUGUAUGAAUAAAAUGCUUAUGUUUUUACA